AUGACACUAAGCUUCUUUGACCAAUUUAUGAGCCCCACGUACCUAGGCAUCCCUCUAAUUGCCCUGGCCCUCAGCCUCCCCUGAGUACUCUUCCCAACCCCUUCCUCCCGAUGAUUAAAUAAUCGUCUUUUAACCCUUCAGGGCUGAUUUAUAAAUCGAUUUACACAACAGCUCCUCCUACCACUUAGCCCCGGGGGCCACAAGUGGGCUGUUCUAUUUACAUCCUUAAUAUUGUUUCUUAUUACUCUUAAUAUGCUUGGCCUCCUCCCGUACACUUUUACACCCACCACACAACUGUCCCUCAACAUAGGCCUUGCAGUCCCUCUUUGACUGGCAACCGUGAUCAUCGGCAUGCGGAAUCAACCAACCAUUGCCCUAGGACAUCUUCUUCCAGAAGGUACCCCCACCCUCCUUAUCCCCGUCCUAAUUAUUAUUGAGACAAUUAGUCUAUUUAUCCGCCCCCUGGCCCUGGGCGUACGACUGACGGCAAAUUUAACAGCCGGACAUCUCCUCAUCCAACUAAUCGCAACUGCCGCCUUCGUUCUCCUCCCCCUUAUACCAACAGUGGCAAUUCUUACUGCAACCCUGCUGUUUUUACUAACCCUUUUAGAAGUCGCUGUCGCAAUAAUUCAAGCCUACGUCUUUGUUCUUCUUUUAAGUCUUUACCUACAAGAAAACGUCUA